AUGGCGUUCUAUGCUACAUUGACAGGGGAUACAUCUUCAUUCAGUUCGAUGCACUGGGUUUGUUCAUCUAGUCAGGCCAUAUCUUGGGGAACCGACCUCCAUGAAUUUAAAGGUGGAGGGUUCCUCAAUGAAAGACACCUCGUAUACCAGUGGGGAGAAGGUGUUCAAGAAGCGUAUGACAAUACACCCACUGGAAAGCGGGCCGCAUAUUAUGCAUAUUCGUAUCUUACUGUGGCUGCAGAACUGUUAUCUAAAACGUUAUUCGACAGGUUCAAACAGCCAUCUCAGCAGAUCCAGUACUUCCAGAAAGCCCGUCUCUCUCCAAAAACCGACAAUAUGAAGUUCACUUCCAUCUUCACCGCCGGCCUUCUGUCUGCUUCUGCCCUUGCCAAGCAAGCUGCUUACAAGUACGAGCGACUUGACAAGGACGAUGCUCUUCUCCUCGUUGUUGAUAUCCAGGAGGGUCUUUACCAAUUGACUCGUGAUUGGGACCCUACUCUGUACCACCACCAGUCUAUGGCCCACGCUGCCAUCGGCAAGGCUUUCGACAUGCCCGUCAUCCUGACCACUUCCGCUGAUCAGGGUCCCAACGGCCCUCUCAUGCGUGAGAUCCGCCAGAUGUACCCCAAGGCUCCCCUUGUCCAGCGUCAAGGCCAGGUCAACGCUUGGGACAGCGAAGAGUUCCAGCAGGCUGUCAAGGCCACCAACAAGUCCCAGAUCAUCCUCGCUGGUAUCACCACCGAUGUCUGCACCACCUUCCUCGCCCUGUCUCUCCGUGACGCAGGCUACUCUGUCUGGGCCAACAUUGAGGCUUCCGGUACCACCACUCCCCUCAUCCGCGAUGUUUCCAACGACCGCAUGCGCGACGCUGGUGUCCAGGUUGUCAGCUUGUUCUCCAUCAUCUGCGAGUUAAUGAGGGAUUGGCGCAACACCCCUGGCUCCAAGGAGAUCUACCCUUGGCUCGGACAGUACUUCCCCAUCGCUGGUUACAUGGCUCGCGGACAUGCUGCCGCUAUCGCCAACGGUACUAUCCAGCCUGGUGAGGAGGGAUACCUUAACUACCCUUAA